UGCAAAGUGAAAGCAAAGUUUUCCGUCGAGUCGUUCCGUUAGUUUUCAUUAUGGAGCAUCACAAUAGUUCAUAAGAACAGUUUAAAAACAAACAAACCAGGAGUUUACAUGUAGCUACUGAAAAACUAGGUGAACUGGACUAGUUAAAAGGAUUAUAACCAUCAGCUCAGUCUUAACGCACAUCUACAGUUUAUGGUUAAUGGAGUGGCGCAGAUCAGGUUCUGUUUCAUAAUGGACGACACACAAAUAUCCAGAGAUGAAAAUGUUUCUCCAGGAUGCAGUUAUAGUUCAGUUUAUCAGAAGAGAUCAGAUCCAGAGCCCAGCUGUGUGUCUAUGAGGAGUGACUGGUCUAUGGAUCUUCCAUAUAAUUUUAGGAGUGAAGAUACACCGACUGAUCUCAGUUCAUUUCAUCACAAGAGAACAGAAGCAGAGUUCAGCCGUGUGUCUAUGAGGAGUGACAUGUUUAUAAAUCAUCCAAUAAAUAUUAAGAAUGUAGAAGCACAGUGUAAUAUCAGACAAAACCUGCUGAACACAUUUAGAUCAAAUCUGCUGAAGAAGUUUGAGUGUCUGUAUGAGGGAACAGCGGCGCAGGGAAACCCAACACUCCUGAAUGAGAUCUACACAGAGCUCUACAUCACAGAGAGUGAGAGUGGAGAGAUCAGUCAUGAGCAUGAGGUGAGACAGAUUGAGACACAAUCCAGGAGAUCAACAACAGAGGACACAGCGAUCAAAUGCAGAGACAUCUUUACACCUUUACCUGGACAAGACAAAGCCAUCAGAACUGUGCUGACGAAGGGAGUCGCUGGCAUCGGAAAAACAGUCUCUGUGCAGAAGUUCAUCCUGGACUGGGCUGAAGAGAAGGAGAAUCAGGACGUCCAGCUCAUAUUUCCACUUCCUUUCAGAGAGAUCAAUCUGAUGAAGGACAAAACACUCAGUCUGUCAGAUCUUCUUCAGCUCUUUUUCCCUCAAACUAAAGAAAUGGAAAUAUCCAGUGACAAAUAUAAAGUGCUGUUCAUCUUUGAUGGUCUGGACGAGUGUCGUCUGUCUCUGGAUUUUGAGAGCGCUGUGAGGUUGUGUGACAUCAGUGAAUCCGCCUCAGUGGACGUGCUGCUGACCAACCUGAUUGUGGGGAAUCUGCUUCCCUCUGCUCUCAUCUGGAUCACCUCCAGACCAGCAGCAGCAGAUCUCGUCCCCUCUGAGUGUGUCCAUCGAGUGACAGAGGUACGAGGCUUCAAUGACCCUCAGAAGGAGGAAUACUUCAGCAAGAGAAUCAGUGAUCAGAGUCUGGCCAAUACAAUCAUCUCACACCUGAAGUCCUCCAGGAGCCUCUACAUCAUGUGCCACAUCCCAAUGUUCUGCUGGAUCUCAGCCACUGUUCUGGAGAAGAUGUUGAGUGAAGCAGAGACUGCAGAGAUUCCCAAGACUCUCACUCAGAUGUACACACACUUCCUGAUCCUGCAGACCAACAUCAAACAUCAGAAGGACUAUGAGGAGAAGCUGACAGAUGAAGACAUGAUCCUCAAACUGGGGAAAGUGGCUUUUCAGCAGCUCAUGAAAGGCAAUAUAAUCUUCUAUGAGGAAGACCUGAGAGAGUGUGGCAUUGAUGUGGCAGAAGCUUCAGUUUACUCAGGAUUGUGCACUCAGAUCUUCAGAGAGGAGUUUGGCUUGUAUCAGGGGAAAGUCUUCAGCUUUGUUCAUCUGAGCAUUCAGGAACAUCUAGCGGCUCUAUAUGUGCACCUCUCCUGUAUAAACAACAACAGAGAUGAGUUUGAGCAAAUCAAAAAACAGAGUUUGUGGUUUAAAGUUAAAGACUUGUUUCAGCUCAAUUCUUUAGAAUGUGUUUCAUUAUUCAGUCUGCAUCAGCGAGCUGUAAAUGAGGCUCUACAGAGUAAAAAUGGACAUCUGGAUCUUUUCCUGCGGUUUCUUUUGGGUCUGUCAGUGGAGUCUCAUCAGAUUCUCCUACAAAGACUAAUGAAACUGAAAAGCAGGUCAAUGCAGACUAAUAAAACAGUCAAGUACAUCAAGAUGAAGAUCUGGACCAUCGACUCUCCAGAGAAAUCCAUCAAUCUGUUUCACUGUCUGAAUGAACUGGGUGAUCAUUCACUAGUGAAGGAAAUACAGCAGUAUCUGAAAUCUGGAAGAAUAAACAGAGCCAAACUCUCCUCAUCUCAGUGGUCAGCUGUAGCUUUUGUGUUGUUGACAUCAGAGAAGAAGCUGGAGGAGUUUAAUAUUAAUGAAUUUGUUGCAGGAAACAAUGAAAACAAAAAACAGAAGGUUUUUCAGAAGCUGCUUCCUGUAAUAAAGCAAUCGAGAUCAGUUCUGUUGUAUAAUUGUGGUCUUACAGAAAUGGAUUGGGAUAAUUUGACUUCAGCUCUGAGAUCAAACCCUUCAGACCUAAGAGUAUUAAAUCUGUCUAGGAAUAUACUAGGAAAUUCAGUGACUCUUCUCUCUGCUGUACUGGAGGAUCCUUGCUCUAAACUGGAGAAACUGUGGUUGAGUGAUUGUGGUCUCACCGAUGAAGGUUGUGCUGCUUUGGCUACAGCUCUGAGAUCAAACCCUGAACACCUGAGAGAACUGAAUCUGUCCUGGAAUAAUCUAAGAGAUUCAGUGACUCUUCUCUCUGCUGUACUGGAGGAUCCUCGCUGUAAACUGGAGACACUGUGGUUGAGUAAAUGUGGCAUCACAGGUAAAAGUUGUGCUGUUUUGGCUUCAGCUCUGAGAUCAAACCCUGAACACCUGAGAGAUCUGGAUCUGUCUGGGAAUAAACUAGGAGAUUCAGUGACUCUUCUCUCUGCUGUACUGGAGGAUCCUCACUGUAAACUGAAGAUACUGUGGUUGAGUGAUUGUGGUCUCACAGAUGAAGGUUGUGCUGCUUUGGCUUCAGCUCUGAGAUCAAACCCUGGACAACUGCGAGUCCUGGAUCUGUCUGAAAAUAAACUUAAAAAUUCUGGUGUCAUGCAGCUCUGUGCUGUACUGGAGGAUCCUCACUGUAAACUGGAUAAACUGGGGUUGUAUGAUUGUAGUCUUACAGAUGAAGGUUGUGUUGCUUUGGCUUCAGCUCUGAGAUCAAACCCUGAACACCUGAGAGAACUGGAUCUCUCUGUAAAUAAAUUAAGAGAUUCAGGCAUAAAACUUCUCUCUGCUGUACUGGAGGAUCCUCGUUGUAAACUGGAGAAACUGUGGUUGAGUAAUUGUGGUCUCACAGAUGAAGCUUGUGCUGCUUUGGCUUCAGCUCUGCGAUCAAACCCUGAACACCUGAGAGAACUGAACCUGUCUAAAAAUAAACUAGGAGAAUCAGAUGUGAAGUUACUCUCUGAUCUGAAGGAUGAUACACAUUAUAAACUAAAAGAAUUAAACUACUGAUUCUCAGUGUUUAGUUUGCUCAGGAUCUGCUGAUGGUGAAUAAGAAGAGGCGUCGCAGACACACAGUCAACACACACUGAAGACACAGACAUACAGCAGCCGAUUCAAAUUAUCACUCGAUUGAAUAGGCAUUAUCAGCUGAUAGAUAUGGGCCAGUAGGGGCCUUCUGCACCUACUAGUAGGCUCAGAAGACUGCUAUCAUCUAUCUAUACGUUUAAUGUUCAAUCGAGUGAUAACAUUCGAAGCAGGUGCUCACGGUGAUGAGACUGUUGUGUGUGACGUCACAUCACUUUUUUUGUUUUGUAUGCGGUGAGGGUCUGUUUUAUUUUUAAUAGGGUAUAUGCCGAGCUAGUGUUGUU